UCUCUUUUUACUAUUAAGUCUCAACAAUCUAUUCUCAUCUUGCAACCAAAGACCAAACUCAAUCUUCUCUAGCUAAAGUAACCAUGUUGUCUCUUCAAGCUUCUCUCUGUAUCUCUCUUAUUUCCUUUUAUUUAUCACUUCUCAGCUUUGUCAAUCUAAACUCAGCUUCGGAUUCAAACUCUGGUCUCUGCACUCCUUAUCCAUGUAACCAACCGCCUCAGCCGCCUUCUUCUACAGGCUACUCUCCAUAUGGUAAUCCUCCUCCGCCACCUCCCUCUACAGGCUACUCUCCAUACGGUAAUCCUCCUCCACCGCCUUCACCGCCACGUUCUCGCUGCCCUCCUGUUCCUCCGACAGGCUGUUGCAACCAACCACCACCUUCUACGUAUUAUUCUCCUCCGUAUCCUUACUUUUAUACUCCUCCUUAUCCUUACGGUACUCUCGGCGGAGGAGAAAGCGGUGGCGGGCAAGGAGGAGGUGGUGGAACCGGAGCAGCGGUGGCUCAUCACUAUUCUUCUUCUUCCGUGACGGUUUAUGUUUUGAUGAUUGUGGUAUCGUGUGCUUUUGUUGUCCUCUAGGGCAUGCAUAGGUUUUGAUAAAUAUUAGAUAUAUCAAAAGCCACCUUCUUUUCUGUUAUUAUCUCAGAAUUUUUGCAGUGUAAGUUCGAAUAAAAGUAAUUUAUGUUC